AAUAAGUAACAGCAUCCUUAAGCUUCUUGGCUGCUAAGUACAACUUUAUUCAUUCCUCUCGAACACGACAGCGGUCAUGGCCAAUCAUUUCUUUCAGUGGCUAGUGGCUUCUCAGCUUCUCAGCCAUGCCUUUGCCGUAGGCGUUUACAACCUCACGCUGCAGCUGCCAGCUCGAAGGCCGGCAUGGAGUGAAAAGCUCUCUCCAUACCUCGCUGGCUUCAGUCUUGAGAUGGAUCGCUGGCCUGACUGGGCUGGCAGGAAAGUCGGAGAGCCAAACAGAUACUUUAACCAGCUCCUCAAAAACCUGGGUGACCGCACCGGCCAUAUGCCCGUCCUCCGCGUUGGUGCCAACUCCCAAGACCGAGGUACUAUUGACCUUGAUGUCGAGGUGAUGAGAGCGACCUUUCCAGAGUCCAGUCCUGAUAUUCCCAACCCCGAAGCCGGCCACAUCUAUAUUGGUCGCGACUUUUACGCCCUUUCGGGCAACCUGCCUGCUGGGACAGAAUUCAUGUGGGGUCUGAACUUCAAAGCCCUGAACAAGACUGAAACACUUACACAGGCCCGCCUACUGGGCGAGGUUUUCCAAGGGAGCCGUUCAAAGCUUACCAAACAUGUGCGGCUUGCCCAAGUAGAGCUGGGUAACGAGCCAGACUUUUGGGGCCAAACCCGUUACUCUCGCUCGGGAACCUACGGUCCGGAAUGGGACAUUCACAACUAUACCACCACUUGGGUUGAGUUCGCCAAAGCUGUGAGCGAGGAGAUCAAGUUUGGCUCUCCCAAGUCGAGCAAGCCUUGCCUGUCCCCUGGUGCUUAUACCGGCUUCAACAUCCCUGAGUGGCAACCGGAGGGCUCCCUCGUCGACGGGAUACUCGAUGACAAGAAGAUUGGGGAUAAGGUUUCUCAACUUACUGAGCACUCUUACUCAGGAGGUUACAGUGCCGGUAAAGUUUUCAGUGCUGGUGACCUGAUGAACAAGCGGGCGGUACGCGCCAACAUGACCACUAGGACGGGCGGCAUCAAACCAGUUAGGCAGUCGGGACUUUCAUAUGUAUUAGCUGAAACCAAUUCGUAUGCUAACCAUGGAAUCCCUGGUCUUAGCAAUACUGUUGAGGGUGCACUGUGGAUGGUUGAUUGGAUGCUUCUCGGAGCUUCUAUCGGUGUUGAGCGUCUGUACAUGCAUCACGGUGUGGGCUUCCGCUACAAUGCCAUUCAGCCAACCGAUGAGUCAGACGAUGGACUAAAUAUCGAUCACCCCCACAUCUUGCCUUCUUACCACGCAUAUCUCAUUGUCAAUGAAGCCAUCGGAAAAUCUGGAGACUCGUAUAUUGCAGAGCUCCCUACCACAAAUAUCACGCUUACUGCAUAUGGUGUUUGGGAGAAGAAGAAGCUGGCCCGUAUCGUGGUGCUAAACACUCAAGUGUAUCUCGAAGGCGAGAAACCAAGCAUUGAAGUCAACCUGGAAGGCCUAGAUGCAGAUAGGUCUGCAACAGUCAAGUUUUUGGAAUCUGAGAAGACUAAUUCGCACACUGGAGUCACUUGGGGUGGACAGAACUUCGAAACCUUGUCGGGCAAGCCGGAGGGUAAAAUCAAGGUCAAGACGGUUCAGAAUGGCCGCUUUAAUAUUCCUGCCUCGUCCAUUGCCUUAGUUGAGUUUGGUAAGCUUAAGGGCAAGCGUUAUUUCGCCCAGUAAGCAUUCAACCCUCUUGGGGUUUAAGUCGUUCAAAUGUUACCCCGGGUUCAUAGUUCAAAAACAAACCAUUAUUGCAA